AUGCAUUCGCCGAAGAAUUUGAACGAAAGUAGUUUCCUGGUGCGCUCACCCAACAAGUCGGCUGCCGCACUCACUGGACUGGAUCGAAAGAAAUCGAUAUCGACCCCCAUAAUUCCGUUGCAGAAUGAAAAUUUUCUGUGCGUGCCGAAGCUGACUUCUCACGGAGUGUUUCACAAGCAUACCGAGAUUGUCCAGGAAGUGUCCUACAACGAUAUCACCAUCCACACGGAGGUUCAGCGGACGUACAAUACGAUCAUCAAGAGUGCCUCCCAAUCGACGCUGACCAUUCCGGAAAAUUAUAGCUUCACGUCGGUUCAAAUACAAAUCUACAGACGGCGGUGGUUUCUCCUGGUCCUAACGGUUCUGAGCAUCGCAUCGUCGUACCUGCAAUGGAUUCAGUACAGCGUCGUGGCCAACAUAAUGGCGAAAUAUUACAAUAUUUCGGCGACCUGGAUAGACUGCACCUCGAUGGUUUUCAUGGUUAUCUACAUUGUAACAGUAUUCCCCAUUUCGUACGUUAUGGACGUGCGUAACAUGAGACAGUCGGCCGUGAUUGGGACCGUGGGCACGGCACUCGGCGCGUGGGUAAAAGUGUUUUCCGCCGAUCCGUCUCAAUUCACAGUGGUCCUCCUGGGCCAAACGGUAUCGGCGAUCGCGCAGGUAUUCCUGCUCAGCAUUCCGUCGCGCCUAUCUGCAACCUGGUUUUCGCCGGAAGAAGCGUCGUCGGUGUGUGCGUUCGGAGUGUUCGGUGCUCAGCUUGGGAUUGCCAUUGCCUUUUUCCUCACCCCAAUGGUCAUUGUCAAUAACGACGAUCCCGCUGCAAUCGGUGUAGAUCUGCAGGUGUUUCUGAUGGGCGUAGCCGGAUUUUCAACCAUGAUUGCCUGUAUGGUGAUUGCCAUCUUUAAAUCGGAACCACCGUUCGCACCCAGCCACGUGCAGGCUCUCCAGCGGACAAUGAAACCACGGCGCAAAGACUACUGGCCAUCGGUGGCGCGGCUGAUGAGGGAUCACAAUUACCUCAUCCUGGUGCUUGCCUACGGCAUCAACGUUGGGCUGUUUAAUGCAUUCUCGACACUGUUGAACCAAAUUGUACUUAACUACUUCCCGGACAGCGCGUCCGACGCUGGGCGCGUCGGUUUGGCGCUGAUUGUGCUGGGACUGAUCGGAUCGAUGGUGUUUGGCUACCUUCUGGACACCAGCCACAAGUACAAGGCGACGGCUGUGUGGGUGUGUCGAUUGUCGGCCGUCACAAUGGUCAUUUUCGCUCUGGCCCUGCAGAGUCGCUCCAAAAAACUAUUGGCCGUUGCUUCCGUGUUCCUCGGAUUUUUUAUGACAGGAUUCCAGCCGAUUGGGUACGAGUUUGCGGCGGAACUCACGUUUCCCGAGCCGGAUGGUCCCGUGAUGGGGAUUCUUAACAUAUCGACGCAAAUUUUCGGAAUCAUCAUAACUCUCCUGAUUUCUGGCAUUCAAAGCACAUUGGGAGACUUUGUAGGAAAUAUUGUGUUUGCCGCGUUUCUAGUGCUGGAUGGAAGCAUCAUAGCGCUGAUUAAAUCGGACUUGCGCCGAUACAACACGCACCUGGAGAUAGAGAACGAGGCAGCGAGAGAAUUCGCGGAGGACGCCAGCGUGCGAUAUGGAGAUAUCUCAAACUAUGACGACGCACCAUUGAAACUUAAAAUAGAUGGCUCCGACUGAUAACGAUCCACUCCAAGGAUAGAACUAAACUAGUGCACAGAUCUGGAGGGGGUAAAGUAAGAUGCUAAGUUUAAAUGAUGCAUAGGGGAGACUACGGUAGUGUGGCUCUGCAGGGGAGUUCUUCAGUGUGCCACGAAUUGUAUUCGUUAAUAUUUUCAUGGCUUUAUUUUCUGUUUCCGGAAUGAUUUACACU